AGGAGAACAAGUAAAUGGAUGGAAGUGUAACAAAAUUGCUAGCUCAUGAAGAACUCCACAAUCUCACGAUGCACGGGUUCGGGGAAAGUGAAGAAGACAUACAUUCGAUGCGACCUUCGUCUAAAAUAUCGGUUACGUACAACAGCUCAACGAAUUCUUUGAGAUUAUCUGAAAGAUUUGGUGCGAGCUCAAGGAGAACAAGGCGUAAAAGAAGCGUGGUGCACUUAUACAACAUGGUUGUAUGCGCAACCGGUUGUAAUCCCCUAGCUUACAAAGGAUACGGCUGUUACUGUGGAUUUUUAGGCUCCGGAUAUCCUGUCGACGGUAUCGAUCGAUGCUGCUGGAUGCAUGACCGCUGCUAUGACGCAACUGGGUGCCCGACCUUUUCAGAAUACUUUAUCCCAUACUAUUGGAAAUGUUAUCGCGGCCAUCUACCAAUCUGUGCUAUCUUACAUGGAAGCUGGGGUGGUUCUGGCUCCUGCGCUCAACGACUGUGCGAGUGCGAUCGAGCAUUGGCUAAAUGUUUGCGAAGGUUUCCUUGCCCCUCAUCAAAAGCAGUGUGCACAUCCUCCCCGUUCCGACUUGUACAGAAUAUUUUCAUGAUUCUUUGAAAGAAAGAUCAACGUCACUCACAUUUCGACGUCUUUAUUUCGAUGUUAACAAAAUAUUUAUUUACAAUUGUUCAUAGCCAUUACCUAGUUCAUAAUGUAUGUAUAGACUCAU